CCAGUUUGCUUUGCCAGCUGCAUGUGCUACUCCUCCGCUUCAACGCCUGCUGCCGCUGCUGCCUUGGCUGCCUCCUGGCUUCCCAAAGGCCGCCUCUCAUCCGCAUCGAGAUCCCGAUCACGCACCAUGGUCUCAGCCUCCACGGCCACGGUCGUCGACCGUGAGCAAAUCCUGGGCGAUUGGGUCCGUCACAUGUAUGAGGUGAGUUUGUGACGGCAUCGUGACUGACCUCCCAGUCUUUUGUGCGUUGAAGCCCAGCCGCUCACCCAAAUGACCACCGUGUCACUGAUCAGUAUCAAAUGGACCACAACCUCCGCCUGCUGGACCUCUUUCGCGAACUUGAUAAUGGCCACGACAAGAUCCGCUGCAAAGACUUUGACAGUGCCCUCAUGCGCCUCGGUCAUCAAGUGCAACCCGAGCACCUGCGCGUCAUUAUCGAGACCUUGGACUACAACAGCAACGGCGAGAUUGAAUAUGCCGAGUUCAAGCGCAUCUUUGACGCCUUGCGUCGAGUUAUGAAAAAUGACCAGCUGCGCGUGCUUGAUCUUUUUCGCGAACUGGAUGACGGCAAUGGAACCAUCAAUGGCAAAUCCUUUGCUGCAGCUUUGGAGCGCCUGGGCCACCCUCUGCCCGCACCACAGCUCAAACUCGUUCUCAAGGAGCUCGAUGACGAUGGCAAUGGUAACAUUGAUUACCGCGAGUUUAAAACGGCCUUU